AGCUGCGUAGCGGGCCGCAAAGAGGCCCGGUGCAGCAGAAUCCGGUAGUCAAGGCCGUCCGUGGGGGCUGCCGACGCCACGACAAGGAGGAGAGAAGGGGAGGCGGCGAGGAACCUUGAAGAGGCCUGCCGAAAGGGAGGAAGGCGUCGGUUUGACCGAAGGUGGACAGAAGGUCGAGGAAUUGGGCUGGGAAGAGAAAAGGAAGAAGGAGGUGGGGUGAACGGGAUGGAUGAAUUUAUGAUUGGCGGAAGGAACGCUGACAAGCUCCCUGGUGCUGAUGACGAUGGAAGCACGGCGCCUCUACCGGAAAAGGUCCAGAUUGGCAAUUCGCCAGUGUACAGAAUUGAAAGGAAGCUUGGGAAGGGUGGAUUUGGACAGGUAUAUGUUGGCCGACGAACUUCUGUUACUAAUGCAGAUGAUAGAGCUACCAGUUCCAAUGCAUUAGAGGUGGCAGUGAAAUUCGAGCAUCGAAGCAGCAAAGGAUGUAACUAUGGACCUCCAUAUGAAUGGCAGGUUUACAACACGCUUGGUGGCAUUCAUGGUAUUCCACGAGUCCAUUACAAAGGCCGUCAAGGUGACUACUAUAUCAUGGUUAUGGAUAUGCUUGGGCCAAGUCUAUGGGAUGUGUGGAAUAACAAUUCUCAUACCAUGUCCAUCGAAAUGGUUGCAUGCAUUGCUAUUGAAGCAAUUUCCAUUCUUGAGAAGAUGCACCCUAAAGGAUAUGUGCACGGGGACAUAAAGCCUGAAAACUUUUUGCUUGGCCCUCCUGGUACUCCUGAAGAGAAGAAGCUUUUUCUUGUUGAUCUUGGAUUAGCCACUAGGUGGAAGGAUAGUGGUACAGGGCAGCAUGUUGAGUAUGACCAGAGACCUGAUGUUUUCAGGGGCACUGUUCGUUAUGCUAGCGCGCACGCACACCUUGGAAGAAUUGGGAGCAGGAGAGAUGACUUGGAAUCUCUUGCUUAUACACUUGUUUUUCUUCUGCGUGGCCGUCUACCUUGGCAAGGGUUCCAGGGUGAGAACAAAGGCUUUCUUGUCUGUAAGAAAAAGAUGGCCACCUCCCCAGAAUCCUUGUGUUCUUUUUGCCCACAUCCAUUCAGACAAUUUGUUGAGUAUGUUGUGAACUUGAAGUUUGAUGAAGAACCUAAUUACACAAGGUGCAUUUCACUGUUUGAUGGAUUAGUAGGCCCAAGUCCAGAUAUCAGGCCUAUCAAUACCGACGGUGCUCAGAAGGUUGGUCAAAAGAGAGGUCGACUCAUGAUGGAAGAAACAGAUGAACAACCAAAGAAGAAAGUACGGAUGGGAAUGCCAGCAACACAAUGGAUAAGUGUCUACAAUGCCAGGCGACCUAUGAAGCAAAGAUAUCACUACAAUGUUGCUGAUGCAAGGAUUGCACAACAUAUUCAGAAAGGAAAUGAAGAUGGUUUGUUCGUUAAUUCUGUUGCCUCUUGCACAAAUCUAUGGGCAUUGAUUAUGGAUGCUGGCACUGGUUUUACCACCCAGGUUUAUGAACUUUCACCAUUGUUUCUUCACAAAGAGUGGAUUAUGGAGCAGUGGGAAAAAAACUACUAUAUCACCGCAUUAGCUGGAGCAAACAAUGGCAGCUCUUUGGUGGUUAUGUCCAGAGGUACACCAUAUGCACAACAAUCAUAUAAAGUCAGUGAUUCAUUUCCCUUCAAGUGGAUAAACAAAAAAUGGAAGGAGGGAUUUUUUGUCACUGCAAUGGCCACUGCAGGAACUAGAUGGGCAGUUGUGAUGUCACGAAAUGCUGGCUUUUCAGAUCAGGUUGUGGAGCUUGAUUUCUUAUACCCCAGCGAAGGAAUACAUCGAAGGUGGGACAGUGGUUAUCGUAUUACUGCUACUGCUGCUACAUGGGACCAGGCUGCAUUUGUUUUGAGCAUACCUAAAAGAAAACCUCCUGAUGAAACACAAGAGACGUUAAGAACAUCAGCUUUCCCCAGCCAGCAUGUGAAGGACAAGUGGGCUAAGAAUCUCUACAUAUCAUCUAUUUGUUAUGGAAGAACAGUUUCAUGAAUCUUAUCCAGAGGGUGGUAUUUAAAUCAUUAACUACUGGCUUUGAGGUGCAUGCUGAUCUGCAACCUUCUGUUAAAUGUUGCUUCCCCCUCCCUCUCUUGCCAGCUACAGCCAACAAAUGUUGUUGCUGCUGCCAUUUGAGCUUUCAAAUUGAUUACUGGAUCUCUACGAUUAUUUCUCAUUUGUACAGAAAUUACUUCACGACAAAUGCAUGAAUCCCAAAAUUUUAUGUUUUAGGCUGUAAUUGUCAAUCUUCACUACAGAGGACUUAUCUUUUUAA